CUUUUUUCGGCAGUAUCGUGAAAUAGCCCGACUGCCACCGACAGCUGCGGCUGCUGCAGCUGAAUAGCAAUUGUACCAGCCCACAGGCACAUUAACAUCACAUUUCAGGACAUUUCAGGACAUUUCUUCAGAUUCCUCUCUCGUCUGAUACCACCCGUGCUCUGCAAAUGCAAGCCAUUAAGUGUGUUGUUGUCGGCGACGGUGCCGUGGGUAAGACAUGCCUGCUCAUCAGCUACACCACUAAUGCCUUCCCAGGAGAGUAUAUUCCCACAGUAUUUGACAACUACUCUGCCAAUGUUAUGGUGGAUGGCAAACCUGUUAACUUAGGCCUCUGGGAUACAGCAGGACAGGAGGACUACGAUCGCCUUAGACCACUCUCCUAUCCCCAAACAGAUGUGUUUUUAAUUUGCUUCUCUCUGGUGAGCCCUGCUUCCUUUGAGAAUUUAAGAGCAAAGUGGUACCCUGAGGUUCGCCAUCACUGUCCAAACACCCCCAUCAUACUUGUGGGCACUAAACUUGAUCUGCGAGAUGACAAAGACACGAUUGAACGCCUGCGGGAUAAGAAACUAGCUCCCAUCACUUAUCCGCAGGGUCUUGCAAUGGCUAGAGAGAUUGGUGCUGUGAAAUAUCUUGAGUGCUCUGCUCUUACACAGCGGGGUUUAAAAACCGUGUUUGAUGAGGCCAUCCGUGCUGUUUUAUGUCCUCCACCUGUAAAGAAAAGGGGCAAGAAGUGUACUGUAUUUUGAGGAACACCACAACUCAUUUCUUCAUUGAUAUGCCAUGUAAAGAGCAGGCUCUUGCUCUUCAGCUCUGCUGUUAGCAACAGAUAAAUUCAACUUGUGAGGUGCAGACACAUGCAUUUCCAUAGUGUGUCUGAUGUAACGGAUAUAUCAACAUAAAUAUGCCAGAUUUGCUUUGUUUUUAGUCAACUUUGCCUUAAAUUGUUGGUUUAUUAUGAAAAGUUAUUGGAAGAGAAUGACAUAAUGCCAUGGCAUCAGGAUGAAUAAUUAGUUACUGAAGAACAAGCAUAGCCAACUGUAAGGUACUUUGCCAUGUUUCAGCAAGUGUUACAUUUUCAGAGCUUAUUGUGUGAAAAUUGUGGUUAUUCAUAUUUUAUCUGCACACUAUUUUCUCUUUUGGGAUCUGUGAAUGUGAGAGAAGAUUAUGUAAAUAGAUAAAUAAAUAGAAUAGCUUUUGCGACUUAAAUGUGUGGCAUAGCCAAUUCUCUCACUUGAGGUGUUUUAAGUAUUUUACUUUCAGAUUUACUGCCUGUUAAACAUUUCAUACUGUACCUGUGUUUUAAUGUGACUACUGUAUGUGAUUUGUUAAACAAUAACAGAAAUAUUUGUUUGCCUAUAAAAUACUAUUAGAUACUAUAAACAAAAAUAAUACUGUAUAAAAUAUGCUGUAAUUACAAUUGGCUGUAAUGUUUAAUGGACUACAUACUGCAACUUAAAAUGGAGUAGAUUGUACAUCUUUUUUUUUUUUUUUUAAUGCUAUACAUAUGUUUGAAACAUGAUGAAAUGUGCCAUUACUGAUUUUUGUGCAGGGCUAACAAAUUGUAAGUGUUCAGAUGAUUCUUUGAAAUGUUCUUUUACCUUUUAGUGACCAGUAUUUAAAUUUUAAAGAGGUAAAAAUGUGUGUAUGUGUGCCAAUUGAGCAUUUAUGUUUUGUUAGUAUGCAUUAGCGUCAGGCAUUUUUGUUUUUAUUGAACUAUUGAAUGAAUAUGAAACCAAUGGCACAUACAUCGUGUCAGUCGCAGUUUCAGUUCUUGCUCAAAAAUAAAGCCGCUUUAGUGUGACAUCGA